CUCGAUUGUUAGUCAAAGUGCAGCCGCAGUGUGGAACGGACGUGUGUGCAAAUCAACAAAUAGUCUUAAACAUUUAAAGCCUGGUCUAAAAGUGACAUCAGAACAUGACGUCAUCACGGCAGCUGUUGCUGCUAACUGCGCUGCUGGCGACCUAUGGCGCAGCUCAAGCGCAGUUCAAAACGGGCAUCAAGGGCGGUCGCCAGCUGCCAGCCUCCGGCAAUCUGCAGCUGUCCGGCAACGCCAGCGAGCACAGUCAUUACACUUACACCAACUUUAUACCCGCGGAGACCUACAUGAGUCCGGCCAGCCUGUUCGGCAGCUAUGUGCAGCCUACGCCAGCAACUCGCGCGCCUGAAAUUCUCGACGAGACCGCCCUGUUCAUCAACAAGACCAGAUCGGCCAUGGCCAGUGGCGUUUGCUACAAGGAAGUGCCCACUGUCUCAUUUGCAUGACGGCAACCGGAGAGAACUAACGAGGCAACGGCAACCACCACGGACAUGAAGUCGCAUUAAGAUUGUUGCGAUGGAACUCAGAGCCGCAUUCCGCACAUUUAUCGUCGCUGCGAGCCCAUCUGCGACGACGAUUGCCCCAACGGCAUCUGCACGGCGCCCAACACCUGCGUCUGCAUGCCCGGACAUGUGCGCAGGGAGGGCAAGUGCAUAUCCACCUGUCCGCUGGGCUGUGGCAAUGGCGUGUGCGAUGAGCAGAACGAAUGCCGCUGUCGCGAGGGCUACAGCUUGGAUCCCGUGAGUCGCAAGUACUGCCAGCCGGAGUGCAAGCCGGGCUGUGCCAACGGACGCUGCGUGGCGCCCAACAAGUGUGACUGCCUGCAAGGAUACAGACGUGGCGCUGACGGCGCCUGCUUGGCGGUCUGCGAGCACUGCGAGAAUGGACAGUGCACGGCGCCCGGACACUGCAGCUGUCAUGCGGGCUUCCUUAAGCUCGAAGGACGCUGCGAGCCCAUAUGCGAGCAGCCCUGCAAGAAUGGCGGUCGCUGCAUUGCGCCCAACACUUGCGAGUGUCCUGCUGGCUACGAUUGGGAUAGGAAGAGCGCGCAGUGUGUGCCGCAUUGCGAUCUGCCUUGCCUGAAUGGCAACUGCAUUGGCCAGAACCGAUGCGAGUGCAAGCCCGGCUAUAUACUGGACGAGCAGCGGCCCAAUGUUUGCCAAGCCCAUUGCCCGCAAGGCUGCCACAACGGCUUCUGCAGCGCGCCCAACUUCUGCAUCUGCAAGCCCGGCUUCAUCAAGAGCGGCAUCAAGGGCCGUCAAGGCUGCCAGCCCGCCUAAUCAAACGCAACACUUCACACUGUACUUCAAAUAUAAUUAAACAAAUGCCCAAUUAGCGCAUUGAACUCGUA